CAAAGAAACAAGAAGUUCCACCAACCCAGAAGCCCAGAGCAUCACCGAGACGGAGCAACGCUGGAGCUCAGCAGCAGGAUGGAGGGAGUGAGCGAGGAUGACCUCUGCUGGCUGCAGCUGGAUGACUUCAGGAUGCUGCUGAUUAAAACCAUCGACCCGUCCAGAAUCACUCCUUACCUCCGCCAGUGCCAGGUGAUCAGCGCUGAGGAUGAGGAGCAGCUCUUCAACGACCCCGCCCUGGUCAUCCGCCGGAGGAAAGUCGGCGCCCUGCUGGACAUGCUGCAGCGGACCGGGAUGAAGGGGUACACGGCGUUCCUGGAGAGCCUGGAGCUGGAUUACCCCCAGCUGUACAGCCGCAUCACGGGGAAGGAGCCCAACAAGACCUUCAGCAUCCUGAUCGACACUGCGGGAGAAUCGGGCCUGACCCAGUUCCUGAUGUCGGAGCUGAGCCGCCUGCAGAGGGUGCUGCAGGACGAGCGGCGGCGGCGCCAGCAGGCCUGCUCCGCGGCCCAGGAACAGGAGGCGUGGUCCCGGCAGCAGAAGCUGAAGGAGCGGGAGCUGAAGAAGCUGACUGAGCGCGUGCAGAAGCUGCGUGAGGAACGCGAGCAGCUGACCGAGGAGCUGAAGAAGCUCCGCCUCCACAACUACAACCUGAUGGCCGACGUCACCAGCCUGACGCAGGACAAGAGCAACGCGCUGCUGGCCAACAGGGACCUGCAGAUAGAGGUGGAGCGUCUGAAGCACACGGUGCUGCGGGCGGAGAGCGAGACGCGGCUGCUGAAACGGAGGACCAUGAGGCCGCUGCAGCAGAGCAGAAUCCUGACUCCGCCCUCUGACGCCUUUCUUCAACUCAACGACCAGGAGGAGCAGCAGGAGGCGCAGCAGGAGGCGCAGCAGGAGGCGCAGCAGGAGGCGCCGCCUCAGGGGAAACAGCAGGAGGAGCAGCAGGAGGAGAAGAAGCUGGAGAGGAGGGAGGAGCUGAAGGAGGGCCAGAAGCACGGCCGCGCGUCUCCACAGAUGAACCUCCUGACCACCGUGUUCAGACUGAGGAGGGAGCUGCACAAGGCCGAGGAGCAGAGGUCAAAGACUGUGGAGGAGAAGGAGGAGCUGAGCCUCCGCUGCACCCAACUGAAAGGAGACGCCAAGAUGUACCGGCAGCAGAGCAAGCAGACGGUCCGGCAGCUGGAGGAGGUGAUCCGAGAGAGGGACAAGGCUCUGGUGGCGCAGGCGCAGCAGCAGGAGGAGGCGCGGCUACACCUGCAGGAGAAGGACCGGUACAGGGAGCGCGUCCAGCAGCUGGCCGAGAAAACAGACAAGCUGGAGCUGCUGCUGCUGAGGUCACAGGGGGAGGAGCUUCAGCUGAGGACACGCCUCCGCAAGAUAACCUUCAACUCCCAGCAGUUUGAGAGGAACGUGAGCAGCGAGGAGGACGAGAGCGCCGCUAAAGGCAGCAGCGAGGAGGUUCCCAGCGGGACGUCGGGGGAGAACGAGGAGCCGGCCGCUCCGCCGCAGGAUCACGGCUCUCCAGCAGGGGGCCCCAGAGAGUCGGAGCACAGGCCCAGCAGCGCUGCAUCAUGGGACGAGCAGCCGGACGGCGGGUUCUUCACGUUGAGUCGGCCCAACUUCAGGAAGCGGGCCCUGAGGUCAAAGUUCCCCAGCGGAGAGUUGGCGGCCUGUACCGUGGAGGACAGCACCGGAACCGAGUCGGACUGAGGUCGGUCCCUGGUUCUGAUCCAGCAGCAGACUCGGUUCUGAGGAGGGUCCGGUUCGGUUCUGAGGAGGAUCCGGUUCGGAUCUGAUUCACCAAAACAACUGUUGCUUCUUUUACAACUCCUUAAACUUUUUCUGUUUGUCUUCAAUAAAUAAAUGUUUUAGGAACCGAA